AUUUGGUUUUUCCGAAGGACUUGGAGAGUUGGGAAAUAAUGAUAUCGGAUUAUUAGGAAAUGCAAAUAUUGAAAGUUGGAAACUUAGUAGGCAUUUUUUUAAUUCAAUGUUUCUUCCUAGUUUUUCCGAAAGAGCUUAUGAUGUGAUAAACAAGUUAUGGAAUGAAAUGGAUAGUAAUUGGUUAUCUAAUUAUAACAAUUCGAAAAAUGAACUUGAAAUCGAUAUGACAGAUUGGAUUCGUAGAUUUUUGGCUAGUGUGAUUUUCGAAUUAAAUCUUGGUAUCAAAACGUCCUUGAUUCAAGAAGAUAAAGAAAUUUCCUACAUGCAUAAAAAAUUAAUAAGCAUGCUUAACAUGUAUAUGUCCUCUUAUGGAUGGUUUAUUUGUAACCCUUAUUGGAUGAGGCAUUAUGUUCCAUUCAAUCGCGCCCAUACAAAAAAGCUUUUAGAGAAUAGGGACGAUUUAUUUGACUUUAUUUUAAAGAUUAUCAGUGAACGAAGAAAAGAAAUCGAAAAUUCUUUGAUUAGUCAAGAUGGAAAAGCUGAAAAAAUGAAUGAUAUGCUUUCGAUGAUGAUAAAGUCUAAUACAUCUUUGAAUACCAAUAAUUCGACUGAUGAUGCAAAUUCGGAAUUAAAACGAUCAAUGACUGAUCGUGAAAUCCUUGGAAACGUUUUGGAUUCCUUGUUUGGUGGAAUUGCUACGGUAAUAUAA